AUGUUCACCAUCGGGAACGACUCGUUCGUGCUCACCAAGAAGGCAGUACACGAUGAAAUUGCAGAGGUGUGGGCCAUGCUGGACGAGGAAGGCACCAUCGUCUACAAAGUGAGACCACAGCAGUGGCGUGAACCUGCGAGUGCCGGUGAGCUGGAACUCACGCCGGACGAGUAUGUGGAUAUGGACGCCCUGCUUGAGGAGCUACGUGCGAGGAAGGAGUCCGCCGUGAUGCUUCAGGCUGCGGAGGAAGUCAACACGCCGGACAAGCAGAUAAGCAAGCUUGAAGCUGAGCUGCAGAAGGGACGCGAGGUCUAUGAACAGCUCUGCAGCGCCUACGGGCAAUGGAAAUUCAAGAAGCCAGAGCUGGUAUCAAUAGCAGCGGAAUGCUUGCGGGUGAACCUACGCUCGCUACAGCACCAGCCAAGCACGAGCUCGGAAUGGUGGGACGUCUUCAUCUGGCUCUUGCACGACCAACUCUUGGUCUCUUGGAGAGAUCCAGACCAACUUCCUGCCAACGAGAUCCCGCCGGAAAUUCCACAUCUGCCCAGUCAAUUGACAUUCACGCUCACGGAGGCGGCACUCUCGAAGAAAGCCCAGGAGCACUGGAUCAAUAAGAACGUCGUCUCGACCAUGGCCUCGCUCGUCUCCCUCUCAAUGCUCCGCCCGAUCGCGAGCGGAGUGUUUCCGGGCUUGAUCGGGCCUUACGUCAACAAGAAGUUCCGACAAGGGAUGCAGUUCUUCUACUGGAACAUGAACAGGACGCCAGACUACACUUCAAGCCACAUCUUCCCGGACAUUACACCAGACGUCAAGUUCGAGGGGGAAGAGAGACAGAAGGCGAUUGCGGAAGCUGCCCAGGAUUUAAAAGCCGACGGCGUCACCUGGUUGCUGGUGCGCAUGGUGUGGCAUGACUACUUGAUGCCAGCUGCGAAGGAGGGAGAUGCUCGAGAGAUCAACGCGAUCAUGUUGCAUCUUCAGGGUGCCGUGCAAGGCGAGGAUCUACGGGAGGAUGGCGACUAUGGGGAAGAGUGUGAUGUUGAGGAUGAAGAAUGGGAUACAGACGAUGACAGGGACGGCGACGGCUGGGAUGACGAGGAGGAUUAG